UAUUUCCAACCGCAAACGGCAUGCGUUCAGUUUGUCCCUCUGCGGGACCCGUACAGCCUGGAGAGACGGAAGCAGCCGUUUGAAUGUUCGGCGCGUUUUAACUGCAGCAGUUGUGUUGUGACAGAGAAAGAAAACGCAGAAUGGCCUCCCUUGCCACACUCAGCGAUGAGGGCUCAUUCAAGACCCCUAAAAAUGUCAGAGUGAAGAGCUUUGUAAGCAACGGAGGGACCCCAAUCACCAUCCCAGCCUCACCUUUCAUGAAGAAGUUGGGCUGUGGGACUGGAGUCAAUGUUUACCUUAUGAACAGACAGGGGAAGUUGAAUGCAUCCCCCUGGGCUGUCAAGAAGAUCAACAGCAAGUGUGCAGCCAAACAGGUGGCGGUUUACCAGAAGCGCCUGAACGAGGAGGCAAAGGUCCUGAAGGGAAUCAAUCAUCCAAACAUUGUUGGGUUUCGUGCGUUCACCACGGCCAAAGAUGGAUCAAAGUGUCUGGCGAUGGAGUACGGAGGAGAGCAGUCCCUCAAUGACCUGAUAGAGAAGAGGAGAGAGGACGGCCUGAAAGCUUUCCCUGCUGCCAACAUAGAGAAAGUGGCUCUGCAUGUUGCUCGUGGCCUUCAGUAUCUCCACAAUGAGAAGAAGCUGCUGCACGGCGACAUGAAGUCAUGUAAUGUUGUCAUCAAAGGAGACUUUGAGACCGUCAAGAUCUGCGAUGUCGGUGUGUCUCUGCAGCUGGACGAGAACAUGAGAGUGUCAGACCCAAAGGCAGAGUACAUCGGUACAGAGCCGUGGAAACCCAAGGAAGCUCUGGACGAGGGCGGAGAGAUCACCGACAAGGCCGACAUCUUCGCCUACGGUCUGACUCUGUGGGAGAUGAUGACACUUGCCAUGCCUCAUCUGGAGAUGCUGGAGGAUGAGGACGAGGAAGAGGAGGAUGAAGGUGAGCCACUCACAGACCUCAGGAAGCCCUGAAUUUUGCACUCGUCC